AUGGCCUUACCAUCUUUACUUACAUCGACGCUCUUUUCUUUUAUUUGCGUACAUAUUUUAUUCAUUACAGAGUCGUAUGCGCAAUUGGGAUAUGCACCCGUUAUCAACAUUUCGCCGACACUGCCAAAUGCGGCUGCCGCGCCUACGAUAGAUCGAUCAUUCAUCAGCUACUCCCUCGAGCAUAUGGCGAUGCCUACAUUCUUAAACUCGCCAAUGCUGAACAAUCUCAUGGAGCUUUGGAAAUCGAAAACUGGAGGUCGACCGGGUCUUCGUAUCGGAGGGUCUGGUAUGGAUAAAACCACUUACGUACCGAGUUUAGAUCAACCGAUUAUGUGGACCGCCAAUCCUUCUUCGCAGUAUUUGGUUGGACCGUCCUACUUCAAGCUGGUCAGAGAGUAUUUCCCUAGUGAUACCCAGAUCACAUUUGGUCUCAAUUUAGUCAAUUCAACGGACAACUGGCAGAACACUGUCGAGUUUGCAGUCGCAGCGGAUGAAAAUAUUCCACAAGUUGAUCUAUUUGAGAUUGGAAACGAACCCGAUCUUUACGUUAAUGGUAAACAGAGGCCGAGGGGUUGGACGGGCAAGGAUUAUGCUGAGGAAUGGAAAUCGGUAGCGAAUCGGGUCAAGAAGGUUCUACCAAACGCCCAAUUCCAGCCCGCGGUUUUUGCCGGGUCCUUGAAGGAUAAUUUCGAUCUCAGUUCGUUAGUUAGGGCUGGGAUAAAUAACUAUCAGUUCAAGAUACCGACCUAUUCGUUACAUUUCUACGCCCAGAGUGCCUGUUCAGGCAAUCAGAACCUUGACAGAUUGGUCGAUCAUAAUAUACUUGGGGCGCAGCUGCAGAGAUUUGACCCUGAGCUUGCUGCCGCAGAAGCUGGAGGUGCUCGAUUCACAAUGGCUGAAUCCAAUACCGUGAGCUGUAGUGGUUUUGUCGACGUUUCAGAUACUUUUGCAUCUGCCCUUUGGCUUGUCGAUUACUCCCUUGCUGCGGCUUCGAAGAAAAUCGAGCGAAUAUACUUCCAUAACGGUCCAACAACCCCAUACUCUUUUUUCAUUCCUAAGGGAGCCAAUGGUCUCGAAUCAGGCAUUCGACCAAUCUUCUACGGUGUAUAUUUCCUCGCUGAAGCACUAGCUCUUCCAGAACCGGGUUCCACUACAAAUUUUAUGGUUAAACCCAUUCCCUUACCGGGUAGCCCCUCAGAUAUUGCUGUAUACGGGCUGUAUUCGAAUCGAGUACAGAGGCCGAAUUUGGAUGUCGUCGGGACGACAAAAGUGGCUUAUACUACCACUGUAUCGAAGACAAUGACGAUGGUUUCCACGGAUAUUUUCGAGACUGUGCAAAGCGUAUCUACCAAAAGGAUUAUUAAGUCUAUAGCGACUUCUACAAAAAGCAUUACAACCACUGCAGUAUUUAUAGUGCCGAAGGAGACGAUGUUUACAAAAACAGCUACACUUCCAGGGACUAAGCUUACUACCAUCGAAAAUCAACUGCUUGAUGGAAGCACGAUGACUGAAACGGUUGAAAUCGCCUACCCCACGGUUACUGAAAUCGUCUUGCCGACUAUUACUCGCAGCAGAACGACCUCACAAAGAGUCUAUACCUCGUGGGUAUUGUCGACAAUCUGGACUAGUCAAGAAAUCACCAUAACCAAGAUCGUUCGUCGAACAACGCCACUUAUAUAUACUACUUCCUCCGUUUAUGUAGCACCUACAGUUGUCACAUCUACUCAAACUACAACCAACCCUCAAGCCACCAAUAUCGGAAACUUCCCUUCAUACGACGGCGUAUUCCUUGCCCGUGCUGUUAUCCUGAAUUUAUCUCCUUACAAUACUUCUGAUGAAAAAGUAUUGAAUUGUCGCUCUUGCUCUGCACCUUCGCCGGCGAGGUAUGGCACAGUAGGACCAAGAAAAUCAACGAGGGUUACCGUGACGGGGUUUCAACCGGGCCAUCGACUCAAAUUGGUGAGGCUUAGAGGCCCGGGAUUAAAUGCAAAGGCUGGAGUUAAUGUCAGCGGCAUUGCAUUUAAUGAGGAAACUGCAGAGGUGACUUAUACCCCCCGGCCUGGAAGCAUAUAUGUUGAAUGGGACGGGACCGCUAGGUUCGACAUAUUAGCAUCUGAGGCUGUGUUACUUGUUGAUGAAAAAGUUUUGUAA